GUGCCAUUGCCGAUUGUCACACCAAAGGACGAUGGGUUGCAAAGCAGUAAAAAACCUUGUAUCACCAAAAAAAAAGAAAAAAAAAAGAAAUGAAACCCCCCCACUGCUUAUCCCGACUUCCCUUUUAUUGUUGCUUCUCAGUUUUCUUUUUUUAUUAUCAUUGCAACUCAACGUUUUCAGUUUGAAUGGAGAGCAAUCAAACCGUGCGUUUAACGCGGUUUCCAUUCGAUCUUUGUCCUGCCAUAUUCGCUUGCAACAACACUCCUUUACCGGGAACCCCGCUCGAUCGAUCCAAAGCACCAACUGGCCUCCAAGCGCAAUUGCUGCUGUGCAUUACCACUGGCGUACUAUGCUUUUUACUAUUCUGUAUUCUACGGGUGAGAUGGAGUGCCAUGUACUCUCCGCGAUUAUGCAUGAAAAAACAUGCUCCGGUGGAACUUCCCACCUCCUUAUUCGGAUGGAUUAUCCCACUAUUGAAAACCCCGCAUUCCGUGGUGCUUGAAAAAGUGGGACUUGAUGCGGUCGUGAUGCUGCAAUUUCUGCUGAUGGGCGCCAAGCUUUUCGGUUUAUGCGGGUUUUUCGGUGUGGUGGUACUGUAUCCCAUCCGGCAGAUGGGCGGUGAUCUCUUCAACUCCACCGAUCCCGUUGUCAACAGUACUUCUUCGUCAGUUCCCUUGGCGUCCGAGGUUUAUUCGCCUUCCUUUUUGUGGGUGUAUCUGUUUUUCACCUAUUUUUUCUGUUUUGCCACUUUUUACUUUACAUUCGUCAAUUAUCGAGAUUAUGUGCGUAUCCGCCGGGAAUUCUUGAUGCGCAUCGCCAAGACAUUGCCCGCGCGCACCGUGCUUAUUACAGGAAUACCUCAAGGUUUACGCUCCGAUCAGAAACUCGCAGAGUAUUUCGAGACGCUUGGAGUCGGUGUCGUGGACUCAGUGCACAUCAUCCGACAUGUACAUCGGCUGCUGGAUUACAUCAAAGAAAGGGCACAGUAUCUUCGGAAACUCGAGACUGCCUAUGCAAAUUUUUGGGGCAAUCCAUGCCACAUUCCCACUUAUGACCCCGACAGGCUACUGAUGGAAGCCGAGGGCGAUCACUCACUUCAUGCCGUCGAUUGGUCGACCGAUUCCGAUUCCGAUUCCGAUUCCUUGCCGAGCCACCGUAAAAGACGCCAGCGUCCGGCCGCUCGAGAUGGAUUUUUGGGCCUGAUUGGAAAACCAGUAGAUGCCAUUGAAUUUUAUACAGAGCGGUUUAACAAGAUCGAUUCACUGGUCCUCCGCGCCCGCAAAUUGGGCAAAUUUUUGCCUACCAGUGUAGGAUUUGUUACUUUUGAGGAUGCCAUCAGUGCUAAUGUCGUUGCACAAAUUCUCAUUGAUUCCACUCCUUUCCGUUUACGAGCUCAGCUGGCUCCGGAACCCAGAGAUGUGUUGUGGGAAAACAUUGCCAUGCAUGCACGAGAGAGAGCCAUCCGGAAAUUCAUGGUGUUCAUUGUCCUUAUUUUCCUCGUAUUUUUCUGGGUCAUCCCCAUUUCAUAUUUUUCAGCCCUCACCAGUGAAGAUUCGCUGCAGAAUUAUUUUCCAUGGCUAAUCGAUUUGGCGUCCAAAAAUAAGAUUUUACGGCAGCUCGUUCAAGGCUUCCUGCCAACUUUGGGCGUCGUCGUGUUCAUGUCCAUUUUACCCAUCAUUUUCAAUGCUUUAAGCGUGGUGGAAGGAUUUACUACACGGAGUGAAGCAGAGGAAUCCAGCUUCAGCAAGCAUUUCUUCUUUUUAUUAUUCAACGUUUUGCUUGUAUUCACCAUUUCCAGCGCUCUGUUCAAAACGUUAAAAGAUAUGCUGGAAGAUCCCACUCAGAUAGCCAAUCUCUUGGCAAGCAGUUUGCCUCAGGUGGCUCCGUUUUUUGUGAAUUACAUUAUAUUGCAAGGCAUUAUGCUGUUACCGAUCCAGCUGCUACAAAUCGGGCCUAUUAUCCUACAACUUUUCUUUCGAACGUUUUACUGCAAAACGCCGCGCGACUAUGGUGAGGUGUUGGCCCCUCGCAUGUACAACUAUGGCUGGGGUUAUCCGGUCCCUGUAUUUCUGUUUGUGAUUUUACUCGUCUAUUCCACCAUCAGCCCUUUGAUACUGGUUUUUGGUACUAUCUAUUACUGCUUGGCCUACCUCGUCUUCAAGUAUCAGCUGCUUUAUGUUUAUUUUCAUCCUUACGAGGUAGCUGGUCGUAUGUGGCCACUGGUAUUCUCCCGCAUCAUUGUGGGGAUGCUCAUCUUCGAGUUGACAUCGGCGGGUCUGUUCCUUCUCAAUCGAGCCUAUCCAUUGGCUGUGUUGUGCGUGCCCCUUAUUAUCUUGACCAUUGCCUUCAAGUUCUCGAUGGAUGCUGCUUAUUUGCGGAGUACCAUUAAUCUGCCUGUUCGAUUGCUGUCUCAAAGAUUAGGCCCACUACGGUCCACGGCUCAACCAAUGGAAGCCCCAGAACUUCAACCUUCCGUUUCUUCGCAAAGUAAUUCCAGACAUCCAUUGGCGACGAGAAGCGAAGCGGAGCAUGACAUCAGUAGCGCCCCCAAGACCACUAUUAGACGAAAGCGUACCGUACUGGAUGAAGAUGAUUAUGAAGCUGAACCACGAAAGUACACCGAUUUUAGAGAACCACCCAUGACCUUGUUGGACGGAAUUCUUAAUACCGGCAUGAAGCGCUAUGGACAUCCCGCUAUGUUUGGCGUACUGCCGCAACUGUGGCUUCCGAUAAAGGCAGGCGAUACCCGCCACAGAUCAUUAAGAAAGCCAAGUCAUCGAAGAUCAAUUGCUGGUCCAGAUGAACGUCAACCAUUACUGUCAAGCAGUCCCGUUGAUAAUAGUAUACCAUCCCAUAUUGUUAUUGUAGAUAGAAAUAUACCCCCAAGACACGAGGCUCAAGCACAGGAAGAAGAGGAAGACGACGAUGACGACGACAGUAGCAAUGAUGAUGUAGGCACAUACUAUCACCAUCCGGAAAGACGCCUUUCCAGAAGCCUAUACAGCAGAUCAUAUGGAGCCACUGGGUCUUCCCAACCACGAGCAACUGAAUAAUGUUCCAGUCAUAUGAGAUAAUAAAAAACCUUGGAAUGGUCAUGCUCAUCCAAUCAAGAAUUUUUUUUUUUUUUUUUUUCAUCAAUGUUGAA